GGCCAGGCCGCGCUGCCUGCUAGGAGACUUGCCGCUGUUGGCACUUGGCUUUUGUAGCCUAGUCUCUUCUCUCCCGUUUCCCUUCCACGUGGACUCCUUCUCUGUCGCCGGGCCGCCGCUGCUGCAGCAACAUCAACAACAACAGCUAAGGGGCCGAUUUGGAGGACUUGGAAUUGGGAGUUGGGGAAAGGCGCCAGGCGCGGAUGGCGCCCGCCAUCUCUCUCCAGCUAACCCUGCGGUAGCCUCCCCUCCCGAAAGGACACCAGCGGGAGGCAAAAGCUGCCCUGUGCGAACCAAGCGCGUUUCUGCCAAACGAUUGAGACUGGAAGAGGGAAGACCGAUCGCGUCCCCUUAAUCGCGAAAGAAAAAGAUUCCGUAUUCGAAAGUGUUGACUUUAUCAGCUUGAUCAAACAAGCGGCAGCUUUGCCUAAACCUUCUGCCAAGCCAUGUCUCCUUCGACUGUGCCUCCAACCGGCGUGGAUGGUGUGUCCGCAUACCUGAUGAAGAAAAGGCACACUCACCGAAAGCAGCGGCGCAAGCCCACUUUCCUCACUCGUAGGAACAUCGUGGGCUGUCGCAUUCAACACGGCUGGAAAGAAGGCAACGCGCCAGUGGAGCAGUGGAAGGGCACUGUGCUUGAGCAGGUUUCCGUGAAGCCCACUCUGUACAUUAUUAAAUACGAUGGCAAAGACAGCGUGUACGGACUGGAACUGCAUCGUGACAAGAGAGUUUUAGCGCUUGAAAUUCUUCCCGAAAGAGUGCCAUCUCCUCGCAUAGAUUCGCGCCUAGCUGAUUCCCUGAUUGGCAAGGCAGUGGAGCAUGUGUUUGAAGGCGAGCACGGUACGAAAGAUGAAUGGAAGGGCAUGGUACUAGCGCGAGCCCCUGUGAUGGACACUUGGUUUUACAUCACCUACGAGAAAGAUCCGGUCCUUUAUAUGUACACUCUUCUGGAUGACUACAAAGAUGGGGACCUUCGCAUCAUUCCAGACUCCAACUACUACUUCCCUACAGCAGAACAGGAGCCAGGAGAAGUGGUCGACAGCCUUGUGGGCAAGCAGGUUGAGCACGCCAAAGAUGAUGGAUCCAAGAGAACUGGCAUUUUCAUCCACCAAGUAGUGGCCAAGCCGUCUGUCUACUUCAUUAAGUUUGAUGAUGAUAUUCACAUUUAUGUUUAUGGUUUGGUGAAAACCCCGUAAGUUCAUUGUGCUCUUGCAAAGAAAGUUGUGGAACAAUUAUAUAUAAAAUAUUUUGUGUUCUAAUUGUGAACCUUGAGAAUAAUUUUGGGUCUAGAAAUUUAUGCAUAUGAGUAAAUUUUACUGUGCCUCCAAAUCCUCACCGACUUAUUGCUCAGUUUUGACCCAAAUAUAGAAUUGGUACUUUUGAUAUUGCUUUGUUCUGUAAUUGGAAAUUUAAAUUUGGUGCUAAUUGAAAAUUAUAAACUGUUCACAACCAUGGGAACAAUGCUAGACUAAAUCCGCACCCUAUCCUCCAUUUUUGUCUUCUCCCUUCUUCCCAGGUAACAAGUUCCAGAACAUAAUACAUGUCUCUCCAUGUUUUUCUCUAGCCUCAUAUAGAAAAUUUAUUGAUGUAGUUUCUGUAAAAUUAACAAGGCAGAUGACACCCUUUCUUAUCAGUAGCCAUAUUUGAUCACUUUCUUUCAGUCACUCUAACUCACAUUCUUCCUAUUGCAGCUGCAUAUAGACUUGCCAAAAAAGAGUUUGAACGGUCUGUUAUGUGUUGUAGUGUAUUUCCUUUUUGUUUCCUCCCUGUGAUAUUGCUGAAUAUAUAC